CGCUUAGUUGAGCGUCGAGAGCAAAAUGCCGUUAAGGAGGUUAUGGAUGCGGUGCAUGGUCAUAAGCCAUGUAUACUAUACACCAAGACGUUGCCUUCAGAGGGAAGUGAUAUGGUAUUUAAAAUGUUUUCUUGGAGUAAUCCGCUACAUCCGGAUAUCUUUCCAGGCGUAAGAAGAAUGGAAGCCGAAGUUGUUAGAAUGGUUUGUAAUAUGUUUCAUGGUGGUGACGAGAGCGCUGGAACGGUAACCAUAUAUAACAUCAACAUCCUACAUAAUUCUGCGCCUUAUGUCUGUUAA